AGCGGGGCGGCUGCGGCGCAGGCCGGGCCCGUUUGCCGGGAGGACGCUGGUUCCUGCUCUCGGCGCUCCGGCGCGGAGUCAAGUGUGGGAGGCGCUGCUCUCCCCGGUUCUGUUGCGGUUCCUGCGGCUGCAUAUCCGGGCCUGCAGACAUGUCGGGGUUCAGCCCCGAGCUCAUCGACUACCUGGAGGGGAAGAUCUCUUUCGAGGAGUUCGAAAGGCGGAGAGAAGAGAGAAAAACUCGCGAGAAGAAAAGUCUUCAGGAGAGAGGAAAGUUAUCAGCAGAAGAAAAUCCAAAUGACCUUGAAGUUCCGUCAUCCUCGGGAAUUGACUCUUCAAAAUCCCGGGAAGAAGAUGUCAAUGAAGGAGAAACGUCGGAUGGAGUCAGUAAGUCCGUUCACAAAGUCUUUGCUUCCAUGCUUGGAGAGAAUGAAGAUGAUGAGGAGGAAGAGGAGGAAGAAGAAGAGGAGGAGGAGGAGGAGGAGGAAGAAACACCUGAGCCACCCACUGCAGGCGAUGUGUUUGUGCUGGAGAUGGUUCUCAAUCGUGAAACCAAGAAGAUGAUGAAAGAGAAAAGGCCUCGGAGUAAACUUCCCAGAGCUCUGAGAGGUCUCAUGGGUGAAGCCAACAUUCGCUUUGCUCGAGGAGAACGUGAAGAGGCAAUAUUGAUGUGCAUGGAAAUCAUAAGACAAGCUCCUCUUGCUUAUGAGCCAUUCUCUACGCUUGCCAUGAUAUAUGAGGACCAAGGUGACAUGGAGAAAUCACUGCAGUUUGAGUUGAUUGCUGCACAUUUAAAUCCCAGUGACACUGAAGAAUGGGUUAGAUUGGCAGAAAUGUCUCUGGAACAAGACAACAUUAAGCAGGCUAUUUUUUGCUACACAAAAGCUCUUAAAUAUGAACCUACUAAUGUCCGUUAUCUGUGGGAGCGAUCAAGCCUUUAUGAACAGAUGGGAGAUCAUAAGAUGGCAAUGGAUGGUUAUAGGCGUAUUUUAAACCUCUUGUCUCCGUCUGAUGGAGAACGAUUUAUGCAAUUGACUAGAGAUAUGGCUAAGAGUUACUAUGAAGCCAAUGAUGUUACUUCAGCUAUUAACAUAAUUGAAGAAGCUUUCUCGAAACACCAAGGCCUAGUCUCUAUGGAAGAUGUUAACAUAGCAGCUGAACUACACAUUUCUAACAAACAGUAUGACAAAGCUUUGGAGGUAAUUACGGAUUUUUCUGGAAUCGUGCUAGAAAAAAAAACUACAGAAGAAGGCACUCCAGAAGAGAAUAAAGCAGGUGAGAAUGUUACCUGCACUAUACCUGAUGGUGUGCCAAUAGAUAUCAUGGUGAAGUUGAUGGUCUGCCUUGUACAUCUCAGCAUCCUCGAACCACUAAAUCCUCUCUUGACAACACUAGUGGAACAGAAUCCUGAAGAUAUGGGAGACCUCUAUCUAGAUGUUGCUGAAGCGUUUCUGGAUGUUGGUGAAUAUAAUUCUGCACUUCCCCUCCUUAGUGCGCUGGUCUGCUCGGAAAGAUACAACCUCGCAGUAGUUUGGCUUCGGCAUGCAGAAUGUUUAAAGGCCUUAGGCUAUAUGGAGCGUGCUGCCGAGAGCUAUGGCAAAGUGGUUGAUCUGGCUCCCCUCCAUCUGGAUGCAAGGAUUUCACUUUCCACCCUUCAGCAGCAGCUGGGCCGUCCUGAGAAAGCUCUGGAAGCUCUGGAACCAAUGUAUGAUCCAGAUACUUUAGCACAAGAUGCAAAUGCUGCACAGCAGGAGCUGAAGUUACUGCUGCAUCGUUCUACUCUGUUGUUUUCACAAGGCAAAAUGUAUGGUUACGUGGAUGCCCUACUUACCAUGUUAGCCAUGCUUUUAAAGGUAGCAAUGAAUAGAGCCCAAGUCUGUUUGAUAUCCAGCUCCAAAUCUGGAGAGAGGCAUCUCUACCUUAUUAAAGUGUCAAGAGACAAAAUAUCAGACAGCAGUGACCAAGAGACAGCAAAUUAUGAUGCAAAAGCAAUGUUUGCUGUACUCACGAGUGUCUUGACAAAAGAUGACUGGUGGAACCUUCUGUUGAAGGCUGUAUACUCCUUAUGUGACCAAUCCCGAUUUCAGGAGGCUGAAUUACUUGUGGAAUCUUCAUUGGAAUAUUAUUCAUUUUAUGAUGACAGGCAAAAACGAAAAGAACUAGAAUACUUUGGUCUCUCUGCUGCAAUUCUGGACAAAAAUUUCAGAAAGGCAUACAAUUAUAUCAGGAUAAUGGUAAUGGAAAAUGUCAAUAAACCCCAGCUCUGGAACAUUUUCAACCAAGUUACCAUGCACUCCCAAGAUGUACGGCAUCAUCGCUUUUGUCUCCGUUUAAUGCUGAAAAACCCAGAUAAUCAUGCCCUGUGUGUGUUAAAUGGACAUAAUGCAUUCGUAUCUGGUAGUUUUAAGCACGCGCUUGGACAGUAUGUGCAAGCCUUUCGCACCCAUCCCCAUGAACCUCUCUAUAGCCUCUGUAUAGGCCUGACCUUUAUUCACAUGGCAUCUCAGAAGUAUGUGUUAAAGAGACAUGCUCUUAUUGUGCAGGGCUUUUCCUUUCUUAAUCGAUACCUCAGUCUACGUGGGCCUUGCCAGGAAUCAUUCUACAAUUUGGGCCGCGGCCUCCACCAGCUGGGGCUGAUUCAUCUCGCAAUCCACUAUUAUCAGAAGGCCCUGGAGUUCCCUCCACUUGUGGUAGAGGGUAUAGAAGUUGACCAGUUGGACUUACGAAGAGAUAUUGCCUACAAUUUGUCUCUCAUUUAUCAGAACAGUGGCAAUAUUGGAAUGGCUCAAAAGCUUUUGUAUACCUAUUGUUCUGUAUGAAGCACCUCAACUGAGAAAGGGGCAUUGGGCAGCUGCUGUGCGUGGACCAGUAUUUUCUGUCUCAGGGCUUAUUAUUAACCCCAAAAUGAAAAUGAUAAUUUCACAGUUAUCUAACAUGUAUUUCAUUUUUAAUAUGUGAUAAUGAUCUUUUGGUAGAUAUGCAAAAUUGUCAUUCCUACGAGAAUUUGUAUAUUGCUCUGUCAUUUCCCUUUUAGCAUUUUUUAGUUAAAUUGUCCUCAAAGUGGAAAUGAACAAUCUUAGCCUUUAAGCCAGCUUGGAGUUGAAUACACUAAUUUUUUACUCACA